AUGGGUUUUUCUACGGUGAUUCGAGCAGACAUAAUUAUUUUAAGUUUCAAUCAGCGAAGUGUUUUUUGCCGACAUUUAGUUUAUGAUAACACCAGGGGCACUGAAGAAAAGUAUAAAUUACUUAGAGAUAAGAAGGAUGUCCAUAAUCCUAAUUUUUGGCAUCAUCUUACGGGCAAUGAUAGAGAACAAAACAAUCGUGAUUAUGAUCGAAUAAUAUUUCCCGACUACGAGGAAUCUUCGGAUGGCAGGCAUUCCACACAUAAAGCCCUGGAUAUGGAAACUUGCGUAUUUUCGUGCAAAUUAAACCCAAAUUCUGACCAUGUAUGUGGUACUGACGGUAAGACGUACGAUAAUAUGGAUCAUCUACUAUGUGCUGCAAAGUGUGGAGUAGGUGUACGUUUACGUCACUUAUCUUCAUGUCUUCAAAGGACGGGGCUAAAGUCACUAAUCGAGACUAAUAAUAUAAAUGCAUGUAUGUCCUCAUGUCCAACGACAUCAGAGUAUAAUCCUGUCUGUGGCACUAAUAAUAAAACCUAUACAAAUCUGGGAAAACUACAUUGUGAUCAAGUAUGCGGAGUUAAUGUCCAAUUAAAGUACCGUUUCGCAUGUCCACCGACAACAACAGCGAAUCCUUCAAUUUCUACUGGAUCACCUUUACCUGCUACAAAUAGCGAUAUAGGUGUUUGUAUAAAUUCUUGUCCAACGACUUCAGAAUAUAAUCCAGUAUGUGGAUCCGAUGGGAAAAAGUAUUAUAAUAUUGGAAAGUUAGAAUGCGCCAAAUAUUGUGGAAUUGCAAUUAUUAGUACUGAGGCUUUAGGUAUGAGCUACAGAAAUAGGCGACAAGCUGAGGAUGUAGAAGAAGAUUUAGAAGAUAGAUAUGGAUGGAUGUUUCCUAGUGGUCGCUUGCCUCAGCGACUAUGGCGCCCAAAUCCCAACCGAAACCCUAACCCUUCCCCUAAUCAGAAUCCAAAUCAGGAUCAAACAACAACACCCAGUACUAAUCCCACUGUAUUCACCUUGACGCCGGAGUUACGACAGUGUCGCGGAAGAUGCCCAACAACAUCUGAGUACAACCCAGUGUGUGGAACAAACAUGCAAACUUAUGAUAAUCCUAGUAGAUUAUACUGUGACCAGGCGUGUGGCGUCACCGUGAGUCAGCUGAGAUCAUCGCGCUGUCCUGCCAGUAACAUUCCUAAU